CAGGGGGCAGCGGCGAGUGGCCCGCGCGGCCGCAUCAUGGAUGGCGAGCUGUGCCGGGCCGCUCCGCUCGCCUGGGCCUCCGAGCGCGCCGGCCACGCGCAGGAUCCAUGAGCCCCGGGCAGCGGCCAGGGGCCUGUGGCUCCCGACGCGGCCGCCAGGUGAUGAGUGAGGCCGGCAGAUCCGAAGAUCCGAAAAGCAGCCGGGGCCUCCGGAUCGAAUGAAGAAGGAGCUGGUGCCGAGACAUCACCAUGAACACGAGCAUUCCUUAUCAACAGAACCCUUACAAUCCCCGGGGCAGUUCCAACGUCAUACAUUGCUACCGAUGUGGAGACACGUGCAAGGGGGAAGUGGUUCGUGUCCACAAUAACCACUUCCACAUCAGAUGCUUCACCUGCCAAGUGUGUGGCUGCGCCCUGGCCCAGUCAGGCUUCUUCUUCAAGAACCAGGAGUACAUCUGCACCCAGGACUACCAGCAACUCUACGGCACCCGCUGUGACAGUUGCCGGGAUUUCAUCACCGGCGAGGUCAUCUCUGCCCUGGGCCGUACCUACCAUCCCAAGUGCUUUGUGUGCAGCCUAUGCAGGAAGCCUUUCCCCAUUGGAGACAAAGUGACUUUCAGCGGGAAAGAAUGCGUGUGUCAGACGUGCUCCCAGUCCAUGGCCAGCAAUAAACCCAUCAAGAUUCGUGGACCAAGCCACUGUGCUGGGUGCAAGGAGGAGAUCAAGCACGGCCAGUCACUCCUGGCGCUGGACAAGCAGUGGCACGUGAGCUGUUUCAAAUGCCAGACGUGCAGCGUCAUCCUCACCGGAGAGUAUAUCAGCAAGGAUGGCGUGCCCUACUGCGAGUCCGACUACCACGCCCAGUUUGGCAUCAAGUGCGAGACUUGUGACCGAUACAUCAGCGGCAGGGUCUUGGAGGCAGGAGGGAAGCACUACCACCCCACCUGUGCCCGAUGUGUCCGCUGCCACCAGAUGUUCACCGAAGGGGAGGAAAUGUACCUCACAGGUUCUGAGGUUUGGCACCCCAUCUGCAAACAGGCAGCUCGGGCGGAGAAGAAGUUAAAGCAUAGACGGACAUCCGAAACCUCCAUCUCACCUCCUGGAUCCAGCAUUGGGUCACCCAAUCGAGUCAUCUGCGCCAAGGUGGAUAACGAGAUCCUUAAUUACAAAGACCUGGCAGCCCUCCCCAAGGUCAAGUCCAUCUACGAGGUUCAACGUCCCGACCUCAUUUCCUACGAACCUCAUUCCAGAUACACGUCUGACGAGAUGUUGGAGCGGUGUGGCUAUGGAGAGUCGCUGGGAACCUUAUCUCCCUACUCCCAGGACAUCUACGAGAACCUGAGUCUCCGACAGAGGCGGGCCUCCAGCCCCGGGUACAUCGACUCGCCCACCUACAGCCGGCAGGGCAUGUCCCCCACCUUCUCCCGCUCACCUCACCACUACUACCGCUCUGGGCCCGAGAGUGGCCGGAGCUCUCCUUACCAUAGCCAGUUAGACGUCAGGUCUUCCACGCCGACCUCUUACCAGGCCCCCAAACACUUCCACAUCCCAGCUGGAGAGAGCAACAUCUACCGGAAACCCCCAAUCUACAAACGGCAUGGUGAUCUGUCAACAGCCACCAAGAGCAAAACAAGUGAGGACAUCAGCCAGGCCUCCAAGUACAGCCCAGCCUACUCCCCAGACCCCUACUAUGCUGCGGAAUCUGAGUUCUGGACCUACCAUGGGUCCCCCAAAGUGCCCCGAGCCAGAAGAUUCUCAUCUGGUGGAGAAGAAGAUGAUUUUGACCGCAGCAUGCACAAGCUCCAGAGUGGGAUUGGCCGGCUGAUCCUGAAGGAAGAGAUGAAAGCCCGGUCCAGCUCCUACACUGACCCCUGGACACCGCCCCGGAGCUCCACCAGCAGCCGGGAGGCACUGCACAUGGCUGGCUAUGACAUGUCCCUCAAUGGCUCUCCUCGGUCCCACUACCUGGCUGACAGUGAUCCCCUCAUUUCCAAAUCGGCCUCCCUGCCUGCCUAUAGAAGAAACGGGCUGCACAGGACGCCCAGCGCUGACCUCUUCCACUACGAUAGCAUGAACGCCGUCAACUGGGGCAUGCGAGAGUACAAGGUAAAGAGGAUGCAGAGCCCCACGGGGUCUCGGGACCUGGGGAGCCACUACGUUUGGGAACCAGCAGAAGCAGCAACGCUGUCUCUGGGAGGAAGAGAGCACCAGAGCCCCCAAAUCUACCCAUAUGAGCUGCUGCUGGUCACCACAAGAGGAAGAAAUCGGCUCCCCAAGGACGUGGACCGGACCCGCUUAGAGCGCCACCUGUCCCAGGAAGAGUUCUACCAGGUCUUCGGCAUGACCAUCUCGGAGUUUGACCGGCUGGCGCUCUGGAAGAGGAACGAGCUCAAGAAGCAAGCCCGGCUGUUCUAGGCAGAGGCCCUCAGCCUCUGCGCGUUCACAUAAGGAACCACGUCAGAUCCCUCUCCUCAAGCUCCGUGUAGCCCUCUCCUGUGUAAUGGGGCGUCUGCCUGCCACAAGAUUUGCUUUCCUGUAGUGCCAGGCCAGCCCAUGCCAGCCAGGUAUUUUUAUGCUCCUCACGUUCUCUUUUCUAAGUGCUCUGGGGUGUGGGAAGGGAUUAUAGGGGAUGCCCAUGCUUCACGAGAGAUCCUGUUUUGUACUGCAACACCGUCCUAACUUGCGUUCCCGGAGACCCGACUCUCUUGCUUCAAGGAGGUGUCUGAAGGAAUCUCCCAUCUCUCUGAGUUGUGGCCCAGCCUUGUGGGGCCUGUGGUGACUGUGGCCACCCUUUAUUGGCCCCAGAGGGGCCCUCCUAGGAGAAUAUCCGCAGGCAUCUCGCCCAGUCACUGAACACCUCUGAGGACCGUGAAGAACUUUCUUAUCACCCCCUGUGUAGGAGCUGGGGGGUUCCCCGGGGGUGUUGCCACAUAAAGGGCAGGCCCCAGGUCAUCAGAGCAGUGAAGAGAGGUAGACAGGGCCUUGGCCUUUCUGCUGCUCUUCGGUUAUCCUCCCUCGCCCCUGGAUCCCAACCUCUCCUGAUCCAAAGCCACAGCUCACGGUAGAGAAGGAAAGGCAAGGCAGCUCCUGGCCCACGCCACCUCCAGCUGAUCUCUUCGGACUCCAAACCAGCAGGGUGAAGUGGGGGGCAGGAGCGAGAGGGAGGGGGCCUUGUUUGGAUGGAGCUGCAGGACCACUUAGAACCUCCUUGGGGCUCCCUGGCCAGGCACCUCCUGGCCCAUGCCCUCCUGGAGAGAGGUCUGUCUUUGCAGCCUGUAUUCUUCAGCCUUACUACAAUCUACGUGCCUGACAACUCAACACAGCACAGGGCUAACGCUUCCACCAGAGCUCCAACCGACCAACCAGACACACAACCUCCAACCACCCCUCUGAUAGUAAUCUGGACCAGAGCCCACCCUCCCCCCCCACCUCCCGCCCUACCCCAGUCUUCAACUCUCACUGACCAUAUUCAUGGCUGUCAUGAGUCACAGUCGUGAAUGGCUUUCAGAAGAAUGGCUGCUCGUGAGGCCCAAGAAUGAAGCAUUGGCCAACUCUGCUCCCGGUCAACUUGGAUGUCCCCAGGCUGCCUUUCCUGCCUCCUCACCUGCUGGAACAGUGGUGACAGUGGAACCUCCCCACACCUUGAGCCCCAAGCGGGUGGUGUCUGAUGGGGUCUGCUCCUUCUUGGAGGUGCCUUGAAGUCGUGGAGGAAGUAUGAGGAUGUAGAAAUUAACCGUAGUGAGUCUCGAGAGGCUGGCGAUGUCACCUGGCAAGUGUAAAACUAACUUCAGCAACCCCUCACUGAGCACCUGCUGUCUGCUGGACAGAGGGUGGGAGAUGGGAACACUGGGAUGGUCCACAAGGGCACUGGUCCAGGGACAUGCCAGCUGAUGAUGGGUCUCCUAAGGAUGUACUCAAACACAUUGAUUGUAAAGUAGAAAAUGAUAGAAGAGGGCUUGAGAAAGUGUGUGACAUUGCUGUAAAGGUCAUUGGUGCAAGCCAAGGAAAGCUUUCUGGAAGAGGCUGCGUUUUUGAGCUAAGUUCAGAAAGGAACUGUAUGAACUAGAAGGAAACUGCUGCAAAGGGGUAACGGGAUGAGGGUCUGGCAGGGAGGUCUAUGUAAUCUAAUCUCAGAUGUCAACCCUCUCUGCAACUUCUCUUCUUGGCCAAUGUCUUUCAACCUUCCUGAUCCUGUAGAAAUGUCCCAGCCAGAUCAAUCAUUGACACUGCCUCAUAAUCACUGGUUGAAAAUUUGGCAAAAUUAAAGAGCUUUUGUUAUUGUUGUUGGAUAUUUUUUUUGUUUCCCAUAAAAGCACAUAAUUCAACCCAA